AUGGAGUGGGUCUUUAUACGUAGAGUGCUCUCGGCAAAUGGUUUUGAUGAAAAUUGUUGUAAUCUUAUCAUGAAGUGUAUCACGAGUGUGUCUUAUUCGGUGCUUCUCAACGGGAGUCCCAUAAAGAAAAUUGUUCCCCAAAGGGGAUUUCAGCAAGGGGAUCCUCUUUCUCCAUUUAUAUUCCUCCUUUGUCAUGACGUUUUAUUGAAGCUUCUUCACAAAGUAGAGAUGGAGGGUCGGGUCCAUGGGAUGAAAAUAGCUCGGACAGCUCCUUCGAUCUCCCAUUUAAUGUUCGCAGAUGACACCAUUCUUUUUGGGUGCAUUGAUGAAAGGGAAGUUGAUACUUUAAUUCAAUGUUUAAAUCUGUAUGAGAGGUGGUCAGGCCAGGUGUGUAGUAAAUCCAAGUUUAGUAUUCUUUUUUCAAAAAACAUGAGCUAUGGAAGGAAAAAAUUGAUUUUGAAUCAACUUAAGAUUAAAGAGUCGAAUGGGGAAGAACGUCAUCUAGGCAUCCCAUUUGUUUUCAAAAGAAGAAAAAUGAGCUAUGGAAGGAAAAAAUUGAUUUUGAAUCACCUUAAGAUUAAAGAGUCGAGUGGGGAAGAACGUCAUCUAGGCAUCCCAUUUGUUUUCAAAAGAAGAAAAAGAGAUGACUAUCGAAAGCUUGUGGAUGGUCCCUCUUGCUACUUGUCAAAGUUUGGAUGGCCUGGUGAGGAAAUUUUGGUGGACAGGUUUGAGGAUAUGAACAAAGCCUUGCUAUUGAAACUUGCUUGGAGUAUGGUAAAUGAUACCUCUAAGUUGUGGGUUCAAUGUCUCUUGCAAAAUCAUUGUGGAUCGCAAAAUUUUUGGUCUGUGGAGCAUAUAUCAAAUGAGUCGACUAUUUGGAGGGGUAUUUUGCACUCUAAGGAUAUCAUUCUCAAUGGUUCGGUAUCCUUGGCUGCUGCUGGUGACUCUAUUGAUGUAUGGAACCAACCUUUGAUCCCUUGGUUGGAUUUUAAGGAGUUCCAUGAACUAAUGAAGAACUUGAGAGGUAAAGGUUUCACCAUGAAAACAAUGGCAAACAUUUCAACUGAUAAUGAAUGGAAUUGGGAGAUGAUUUCCCAAAUCUUUGGAAAUGGAAAAUUCUCGGUAAAGGAUGCCUACUUGGUUGAUCAAGCUGAAAGAUUCUGUCCUAAGAAAGAUUUGUGGAAGUGGAUUUGGCACCCUUCUAUGCAUCCAAAAAUUACAAUUAUGCUUUGGAGGAUCCUAAACGAAGCGCUCCCUAUAAAGACGAGGCUGCCACUUGUUGUGGAUAAAAACAAUUUCUUGUGUGAUGGUUUGGAAGAGAGUUCCCUUCAUCUUUUCAAGGAAUGCAGUUUUGCUAAAGCCGGAGGUGCUAUCGAUUUGGGCACUGCAAUACAAAAAAUCAACAACCUCUUCAAUGAAUAUUCUGAGCUGGUUACUACUGAUCCGAAGAAAAGUUCUUUGACCCCGGGGUGCUUGGAGAAGCCCAUCUGGGAUGAUACGAACAUUGUGAUAUGUACGAAUGUGUCUUGGGAGGCUGGUGUGGCUAGUAUUGCAGCUGUGAUGACGAAUUGCAGUGAUGGAACUUGGGCGCAUUAUUCUCUUCGAACAGCUGCUGAAACUGCUUUGGAGGCUGAAGCUCUGGCAAUCAAAAUGGCAUUAACUUGGGUUGGUGCAUCUUCCUAG